AUGAAGAUCUCGACCGUAUCGCCGCUGGCGCUGCCGGCGCUGCUGCUGGCGCUCGCCGCGUUCUCUUCGGCCGAGGCCAAGAAGAAGGUGCUCAUCUACUCUUACACCGAGGGCUUCCGCCACUAUAGCAUCCCCACGGCCGUCAAGACAAUCCGCUCGCUUGGCAAGAACAACACUCCGGGAUGGGACUCGGUGCACUCCGAGGACCCGACCGACUUCAACAAGGACGGCUACCUGGACCAGUUUGACGCCCUCGUCUUUGUCAGCGUCAGCGGCAAGGCGCUCUCCACCAAGGGCGCGGCCAACAUGCGCAAGUACAUCGAGGCCGGCGGCGGCUACAUGGGCAUCCACGAGGCGUGCGACGCCCUCGACGACCACGCGUGGUACGGCAGGCUGGUGGGCGCCUACUUUGACUACCACCCGGAAAUCUGCCACGCCACCCUCAACGUCGAGGACCGCUCCCACCCCUCGGUCGCCCACCUGGGCAAGACGUGGAAGGUGUACGACGAGAUGUACAACUUCCGCUCGAACCCGCGAGACUACGGCAAGCAGCUGGUGCUGUCGGCCGACGAGAGCAGCUACCCGGACCCGGUGACGUCCAAGGCGGACCGGGCGGCGCUGCAGGGCUCGCCACAUCCGAUCGCGUGGUACAAGGAGGGGGGCCAGCUCGACUACAACCCGCACGUCAAGGUGGGCGGCGGCACGGAUCCCAAGAAAAAGGACCGCAAGAAGCACGUCGAGGGCAAGGGCGGCGACGGCCGCUCGUUCUACACGGCGCUGGGCCACACCAACGCGUCUUGGAGGGACUCUGACUUCCAGGGCCACAUCCUGGGCGCGCUGCGCUGGGUGCUCGAGUCGCCGACGCUGAGGAGCUCCAGCCCAGAUGCCGACUCGAGCCGGCCGGGGUCCAAGUACGACGGCGACAGCAGCAGCAGCAGCGACGACGGCGAUGGCAGCGACUCGGACGACGACGGCGGUGCCAGCGUGUCGAGCAGCAACGCCAACGUUGGUGUCGAUGCCGGCGACUCAAGCGACACGGCAUCGCUCCAGCUGCUGAGCGGCAGUGGGGAUGCUGAGCCCACUUCCAUUGUCGUCAACGGCCACCGGGUGCCGUACUCGAGUGGCAAUGUGCACGCGGCGUCGUCGCCGUCGUCUUCGGCAGCGUCGCCUCCGCUGGCCGCCGCCGGUGCGCUGCAGCGCUGGACGUCGACGGCCGUGACGCUGGCGGUGGGUGCGCUGGCGUGCGGCGUGGUGGCGCUCUGA